AUGCUUCUGCAAGCUAUGAGAGCGGCAACAUUGCCUAAAGCGACAGUGUCUAAGAGACUUUUCUCUUCUUCUUCUCGCUUUUUGAAUGCUGCGCACAAAGUUGUUGUCAUAGGCGGUGGCUCGGCUGGUUUGUCGGUAUCCCAUCAACUCUUGAAGUCUGGCAAAUUCGCACAAGACGAAAUUGCCAUUGUCGAACCAUCGUCAUACCAUCACUACCAGCCGGGCUGGACACUUGUUGGUGGUGGCCUCAAGUCGCGUGAGGAGCUCCGUCGGAAUGAAAAGUCACUUAUCAGCCCCAAGAUCCAGCUCUACGAAGACUCUGUGACUACUCUGACACCGGAUGAAAACCAGGUUUCAAUGGCCUCUGGCGAAAAGCUUUCUUAUGAUCAUCUGAUCGUUGCUUCUGGCUAUACUAUAACAUUGGAUGGGAUUUCAGGGCUUCGUGAGGCCCUCGAAGACGACAAGUCCAACGUUACGUCUAUCUACUUGUAUGAAACAGUCGACAAGGUGUUUCCCAAGAUUGACCAAUUCAAGGAAGGUCACGCAAUUUUCACUCAACCAGGCUCUCCUAUUAAAUGUGCCGGUGCGCCGCAAAAAAUUAUGUGGCUGGCUCUCGACCACUGGGCAAAGAAAGGAUUGUAUAAAAAGCACGACUCCAACUCGCCUAUCAAAAUUGAUUUUGCCACUGGUCUGCCUGUUAUGUUCGGUGUGCCUACAUACAGUCAGGUUUUGAACAAACUUCGUGAAGAACGAGGUGUUGGUGGCCUUUUCCAGCAUAACUUGGUUGCACUGGAAGACCAAGGAAAGACUGCUGUAUUUGCUCGCCCAGAUGGUGAGAAAGUGCGUAAAACCUUCGAUUUCUUGCAUGUCACUCCAACUAUGAGUCCUCCUGAGUUUUUGAAGAAGUCGAUACUCGCCAACGAAGCUGGUUAUGCCAAUGUGGACAACGAAACCCUUCGUCACGUUAAGUACCAAAACGUUUGGUCAUUAGGAGACUCUAGCUCUCUCCCGACUAGUAAGACGGCGGCAGCCAUUACGGCUCAGGCGCCCGUUCUUGUUGCCAACCUCCUGGCAGGUCUGGAUGGACGGGAACCUACUGCGAAGUAUGACGGUUACACAUCCUGUCCAUUACUGACAGAAUAUGGCAAGGUUCUUCUUGCUGAAUUCAAGUACGGCGGCGCAUUGAAAGAAACAUUCUCCAAGUUUGGUAUUAAUCAGUCCAAGCCGCAGCGUCCUUUCUACUAUCUGAAAAAAGAUUUCUUCCCUUGGGUUUACUACAACAAUAUGGUCAAAGGUACUUGGGCUGGUCCAAAGGGGUUUAUCGGCGGCACACGUUCGUUCUCAACUAGUGCCCGAUCUAUGCGCAACACGCCGGUCCGUCAUCCUCGCGAUCCUUUGGACCAGAGUCCUUAUGCUGCACGUUUUCCUCUGGCAUCAGGUGAGACGCUCAUCGCACGUACUCCUCCAUCUCAAGCAUCAAGUCGUACAUCGGUGGAAGUUUCGGAAAUCCUUUUUGGAUCUGCGAACGAGAAUGCAAAUGUCGAUACGGCCAGUAUGCCCCCACAGCUUCCUCUGCGCCACCGUCAGGCACGCAAUGCUACGAAAAUUUUGAAUGAAAAAGAGAUCAUGCAAAUUCAGCAUCUUCGUCAAAAGGAUCCUUACACAUACACCAGUGGUGUGCUUGCCAAACAAUUUGGCUGCUCCCCGACAUUUGUAAGCAUUAUCGCUCCAGCUCCGAAAGAAGUGCGUCAAGCGAGAGCGGCUGAAAUCGAGUUGAAGAAGGCAACUUGGGGUAUGAAUAAGCGUAUUUCGCGCGCACAGCGCCAGGAACGCCGAGGUCUUUGGUAG